AUGCGUUAUCUCACCAUCACCAUUGUUUCGGCGUUGCUUUUCCAACCCUUGACAGGGGCAACUCGGUUCAAGGGCUGUUUUACCGACCCUCCCGAGAGCUGGGUGAGCAACUGUAACCAGGCAGACAAGAACGAAUGCCGCAGCAACUGUGACUCAUGGUGCGGAACUGGCAGCUGGAAGGCCAUGGCAAACAAACCACAAGGAGGUUGCGAUUGUUACUGCUGGUAG